AUGUUGGUCUUCGUUAACAAACAAGGAGACAACGACAGCAUCAGGCUGCAGACACGAGUCCAGACUCUUCGCCAGUUUUGUCAGGGCAUCAGGGACACCAGAAGAGCAGUUCCGGUGCUGACGAGUCGUUUAUUCAGAAGCAGCCCCAUCAUCUCCACCAAGCUCAACCUCCUGUACUGUCCUGUCGGCAAGAUCGCCUCCACCUUCAUGACCCGAUAUGUCAUCGCCGCGGACACCCCUGACUCCUACCUCAACCCCUUUGACAUCCCGGUGUCAGAAGCACCUCGGGAAAAGUGUCAAAGUUUGGCGAAGAUUCGACGAGAAGCCGACCGUGUCGACUUCGUCAAAAGUUCGUUGAAAGUGCUUUUCGUCAGGGAGCCUUACUCUCGUGUCUUCUCGGCAUUCGUGGACAAAGUUCUGGCCCCUAACCCCUUCUACUGGAAAAACUGGGGCGGGCAGGCUCAGAAGCAGGCUCAUGUUCCUGUAGCAGACAUCGGGUGCGGGCAGAACGUCACGUUCGCUCAGUUUGUCCGCUACGUGGCGGCCACGUUGUAUAGAACCGACGUCCACCUUCGUCGCGUUACAGACGAGUGCGACCCCUGUCACGUGGGGUAUGAGGUCAUCGGUCAUCUGGAAACUCUGCGAGAAGACGUGCUGGCACUGUCUGAGCUUCUGAAUGUCUCAACAACCAGUCUCCGAGCCGUCGACUUCAAAGAUUCCGCUGCACACGACGCGUUGCUGGAUUCCACCGACAGUGCUUUCCAGUGGCAGGACGACGUACUCAAGUGUGUGACAGCUCAAGAAAUGGGGAGGAGACUCUGGCGGAAAAUGCAGAUUCGUGGAAUCAUAAGCUUCCGGAUGGAUUAUCCGUUUGUGGGGGAAAACGCGGAGGGGGUUACUUCCAGUAAGUUCCAUGAAGCCAUUGUACAGGCCAGGACAGAGUCGUUGACGUUGUAUCCGGAGGACCUUCCAAAGCAGAAGGAGAAGGCGUUGGUCGACGCCUACAGUAGUGUGUCUAUGGUGGACAUGGAAAAACUAGCGAAAGUGUACACAAAUGAUUUUUUAGCGUUCGGCUACGAAAUGAAACCGAGUUUAUUGUUUAAUAGAAGUAACAAACAGUCUGACAUUUUUGAUGUUUUCAAAAAAUGGACCUUGUAAUAAAAAUAGACUUCAGUA